UCUAUAUGAACCAAACCAGCCUAGCCUUCAGUUCUAGAGUCGGAAAAUGAACGGGUCUCGCACGUGCUCGCUGUGUGGGAAGAAUGGCCACAACUCCCGCACGUGCCCGGAAGGGGACGGCGGCGGAUUCAUGUUGUUCGGAGUUAGGGUGACAACGACGGAGGGAAGUAGCUCGUUUAGGAAAAGCGUUAGUAUGAAUAAUCUCUCGCAAUACGCAGACCAGCCUCCAAGUCAAGACUCCAACAACGCCGCCGAUGCCGGAUAUGCUUCUGACGACGUCGUUCACCCAUCUGACCGUUGCGGCGGCCGGAAGAGAGGGAUUCCAUGGACGGAGGAAGAGCAUAGGCUGUUUUUGUUGGGAUUACAGAAAGUUGGGAAGGGAGAUUGGAGAGGGAUUUCGAGGAAUUUUGUGAAGACACGUACGCCAACUCAGGUUGCAAGUCAUGCUCAGAAAUAUUUUCUCCGACGGAAUAAUUUCAAUCGGCGACGCCGUAGAUCCAGCCUUUUCGAUAUCACUACUCAUACGUUCACGAACUCAUCCACGGAAGACGAUUUGAUGUUUUCCGGCCACGAGGUUAUGCCGCCACCGCUACCACCGUCGCAGCCGCAAAAAGACAACAAUCCGGGAAAUUUCCCCGUGAAAAUUCAUCCAGCAAAACCACCUCCCGCCGCUGUAUCCGGAGGCGCCGACGAUAGCAACGCCGUGGAGAGUACACUAACACUACGUUCAUCAAAUUCUGAGGCAAAGACGUGCGGUUCCAAAAUUAGUCGUCCAAUACCAAUGCUUCCUUUAUCUCCAUACCCAAAAUUUGCUGAAUUGAACAUUAACGAGAGAACGCCAGAAGACCCUUUGCCCCUAACUUUGAAGCUCUCAACUCAACAUUCGGAGGGACAGUCACCGGCGGCGGCUUCACAGUCGUCCGGCAGUUUCCAGGCAAUGUCAGGCGGCGGAGACAGCAUAGACAUUGUCAGUGUUGCUUGAAGAUUGUUGGGGUAUUAGAUAUAAAGAAUAAUUGCUUGGAUUUAAUUGGACAGUGGAUAAAAAGGGAUUCCAGCUUUGUUUUUGUACAGAUGAAAUUUAAUUGGUCCAGAAAAAAAGAGAGAGAGGGAAUAUGGGGGGACUGUGGUUUGACUUAUUUAGUUCCUCUUUGAUAAAGUUGGUUGUAUUUCUAUUUUUUUUAGAAUUGUUAUGUUAAUGUUCAUAUAAUUCUUCCUAUGCUCUUGCUUCAAAAUGCUUGAGUAAUAUUUCCAUUAAAAA